UCCCUGCUUCUUAUGCCCGCCCCUUUUUGGAGCAUACGUAUCCUAUUGUAAUUGAACCAAGGGUCCUGAUAGAGGCGGCGAGAGAGACCCUCCACCCUCUCUUGCGUUUGACUGAUUCCACGGCUCUGACCAGCAGCGAACUCCGACAUGUUACCGCUCCGCAAGCUACUUCUGCUUCUUCUAUUGGCCUUUCCGGCCACUCUGAUCAGCAAUGGCAGAGGUCCCUUGGUUGCUGCCCAGGAUGCUACAGAAGAUGAAGAGGCAAUUGAUGAUUCUGUAGUAGAGGAGGAUGAUGAUGAGGCAGAAGUGGAAGAAGACGAAUCAACAGAUCUGGCGGAAGAAAAAGAAGAAGAAGAAGACUUAAGUUCUAGCGAGCCCAAAGCAUCAUCCAAUGCAGAUACAACUAUUCUGUUUGUGAAAGGCGAAGAUUUCCCAGCAAAUGAUAUUGUGAAGUUUCUAGUUGGCUUCACCAACAAGGGUACUGAAGAUUUUAUUAUUGAGUCUCUUGAUGCCUCUUUCCGGUACCCUCAAGACUACCAGUUCUAUAUCCAGAAUUUCACAGCUCUUACUUUAAACACUGUGGUAUCCCCUCAAAGACAAGCAACCUUUGAAUAUUCUUUUAUUCCUGCUGAGCCCAUGGGAGGACGUCCUUUUGGAUUGGUCAUCAAUCUGAACUAUAAAGAUGAGAAUGGAAAUUCGUUUCAAGAUGCUGUCUUUAAUCAGACUGUUACCAUAAUUGAGAGAGAAGAUGGUUUGGAUGGUGAAACCAUCUUCCUGUAUGUGUUCCUUGGUGGACUUGGGCUACUUACGAUAGUUGGUCUUCAUCAGCUUCUUGAAUCUAGAAAGAGGAAGAGACCAGCCCAAAAAGUGGAGAUGGGCACAUCCAACCAAAAUGAUGUAGAUAUGAGCUGGAUUCCUCCUGAGACCCUGAGCCAGAUCAACAAAGCUUCACCAAGAAGGUCUCCCCGCAAAAGAGCCCAGAAAAGAUCAGUUGGGUCUGAUGAGUAAACAGAACUUAAAUUUACUCUCCACUAAACCUGCUCUGUUGCUGUCCAUAAUGGAGUUCUCACAAUAUCCAUAUGGGGCACUGUUGAGUGGGAAGAGGUUGUACUAAAAAACAUUCGGACUAUGCAGUUCAGACUGCAAGAUGAGAUGAAAGGUUGAAUUUAUUUUUGUUUUGUUUAAGGGAUUUUUUUUUUCAAUCUUUUAUUCCCCCCCAUCAUUUUGAAGACCCCUAACAAAGAUCUUUUCUUUAGAAAUCACAAUUCAGCUGCCUGGGUAUUGAUGUCAAGAUGGACCCAUUUGCCAAUUCAAAUUGCCUCUUCAAUGAUACAUUUCUAUUUUUGUUUGGAUACAAAACAAAUAUGUUUCCGGUAGGCUCAUGUGCUUACACAUGCAGUUGCCUUUAGCUGUAUAUCCCAAGUGGAUAAUCGUCCAUUUUGCUGCUGUUUAUUAACUGUUGUGUUGGAAGGUUUGGUUGCCAACACCUGUAGCACUAAAGAAGUUUAAAUUUUUUUUCCCAUAUUUGAGGUAUUUUAUGCAGACCUUUUGAGUAUAGUGUUUUGUUUUGUUUUUUUCUUUGAGGGAUUAAAAAAAGGUUAAAUGGAAUGUGUGGACUAGGUUUUUAAAGAAAGUUUCCACUUUAAGGCUUUAACCAUCAAAACACCCUUUGAGUGGGCAAAAUACUGUACAAUAACAUUUUGUAAAUUGAUUAAUUGGAUAUAAAGUUGUCUGCCUGCCAGUAUGCAAAGGAAUACAUUCUUAAAUAAAAGAUAAAAAGCUA